AUGCCAGCGUAUUCAUUGACUAUGUCAACAGCUGUUCUUUUGGCCGUCAAGAUGUCUGCAGAAUGCGAUCCUGUUCUAAAACACACGUUUACGUUUUUUUCCUAUGUUUCCAAUGAAGUUCAGUCACUGGAAGUUGUCGUCAACUAUGUUCUUCGUGUUGAUAAACAAAAAGAUAAAGAGGAUGUGUCACUUACAAUUCAACAAUGUUCUUUGAUCCUUCAUUCAGAUGAUCAAAAAGUCACUUCAAUUUCACUGCACCGUGUCGUACACGACAGUAUCCAGUUGUACAUUGCCAAUGGUGCGGAUGGGAACACUAAAUCGCGUAUACCAUUAUACGUUUUUCAAUCGCUUCUCCAACAAAAAUGUGCACUUGGCGAAAUUGCUCUAAUUCCUCAUCUAAAAGCAUUUUAUACAAGAACGAAGAACAUUUCUUCAGAAAUGAUGGUACUGAGUUCAAUGAAAAUUAAAAUGAAGCAGAGAAUGCUAAAACAGAUUUUUGAUCUAACUUCAUUUCUGUCUCAACAUGGGGAGUAUUUAAUAUCAAAGAACUACCUAAUUUUAGCUUUGAAAAUGGCAACGAACGGAGACAAUAAAGGAAAUGGUGACCGUAAAGAGAGUUUACACGUUUCGUUUCCAAAAAUUGGCGAGAUCUAUAACAACCUGGGUACUAUAGAAAAUUUCCUGGGAAACACCAAGCAAGCAAGAAAAUAUUUGAAAGAGGCUCUCAAAAUUUUAUCAAGACAACAUGGGCCUUCGCAUAAAAGUGUUUCAAAAUGUUUAAUUAAUCUCGCGAAUCUUCCCUGCUCUAGCCCGGAAGAGUGUGAUAAAAAUAUAAUGUACUCCGAACUAGCGCUUCACAAAGAUGACAGUUUAGAAACCAAGGCCAUACACUACACCAAUCUUGGAAGAAAACACUAUAAUGAUGGUGAAUUGGAUGAAGCUGUAAAAGAUUACUUACAAGCCUAUGAGAUUUUCAGAAAAACAUUGGAUGUACCAGGCACCAACCUUCAACUCACCUUUAUGCGGUUGGCGUUACUGGCCUCAAACUUCGGAGCAAUAUUUUAUCUUAAAGAAAACUAUAGUCUCAGUCGAAAACAAUUGACGAUAUCUGUCGAUAUAUAUCGAACAAUCACAGGACCAACCAAUCUUAAUCUUGCUAAUUCGUAUUACAAUUUGGGUCUUGUGCAGUCUAAAUUAAAUGAACUAGCAGAUGCUGAGUUUUGUUUUAGACGUGCCCUUGAAAUCUACUCUACACAAUUGCAAUCUUCUGAUGAGAGGAUUGCCAUAGUUUCACAAAACCUUGCAGGUGUACUCGAAAAAACUGGUCAGCUACGCGAAGCAAAGAUGUUAGAUGAACAAUAUGGAACAUGUC